AUGACUCCAACUAAACGAUGGUUUAUGAUAAAAUCCGUUAUGGAUGGCAGUAUCAUUUCCUGCCAUCGAUCUCGAUCCAGCGACUUCCUUCGUUCGCAGGUUUAUGUUUAUCCAACCCCUCACCAUGUCGAUGCUGAGUACUGGCGAUGGAAAGGCAGCUUUCUGGAAAACAAGAAAACUGGCCUUGUUCUGGAUAUAAGAAAAGGGCGAUUGCGAUUGAUUGAAGAUACAGAAAUAUGCUUAUACCAUGCCAAGCCGCAAGAAGAUGCUAUAAACCAACAAUGGGCGGUUCGAACUGCCAUGGACGAAUAUAACAGGGAACAAUCUGGUUACUUCAUUUACUCUCUCAGCAACGAGGAAUGGGUCAUUGACCUUGAUAUCCAUGCAGUGGGUUCGGAGGACGGUGCUAAGUUGGUGUUGUAUCCAGUCAAAACAUUUGACAACGUCAACCAGCAAUGGGAAUUUAUUGACGCUGAUACGGAUACCGCAAUACUUGACUCAACUUCUCAAAGGGGUUGCAUAAAAUACCCAGAUCUUGCGGAUAACGAUAUGAGUGAAUGUAGGAGAUGUUCUCAGUCAUCUAUUGGCAGUCAUUCCUCGGAUAUGUCUAUGGAAGCUUUGAAAGAGUGCCACCACCGAGCAUAUUUGGAAAAUGACCCACACUUAAGCAACAGGACCAUAGCCAUGGCUGCCGCGCAUUUUGCUCUGACUCAAUGGAAGUUGGAUAUAGCCAACAUGAAUCCUUCGGUAAUAAUCGAGCAUUCAGAAUCUAUUCAGCGCGACUUACAAGCAUGUGCUGCUCAACAAGCGGCCAAUUUAUUUGACAAGAGUGAUACUCUUAGUAGUGAUAAGACGACUGCAACCAAGAUGGCAAUUGCAAUUGUGACACAAUUCUAUGCACAUCAAUUGCAUACUCUCUAA